UAUAACACCAAAAGUAUUCCGAAUAGUUACCACAGCGCCAAAAGUCAAAACUGAUUUGCUUUUUAUAAAGAUGGUUUUGUUUGUUGUGAUAUUGCAACAUUGACCUGUCUUAAUUGGUGUUUUUGCUCACAUACAGUAUACCGUAUAAAUCUAGUAGAUCUACUAACAAAUUCAAUCAGUCGAUUUAUCUGAAAUGCUUUUCUGACUUGAUGAGCUGACCGAAGCAUGCCAGAACAUACCCCAAGCAAACAAAGCAAAAUUGAUCUUUCCGAGACAGCUGGUUCACUUUCACAUCAAGUGUCGGUUUCUAGUUACACUCUUGAUUCAAAUGAGGAGAAUUAUUCAGCUUAUCUGGAGAGAUAUUGUCAUGCCUCACAAUUACCAGACUCUGGUUUUGAAAGUGCAUGUUCAGUCUCUUCUGCUACAACACCAACAAGCACUUACCAGUCUUCAAAGAAUGAAUUCACUAUGGAUAGCCAGUGGCAAGAAAGUUCAGCUUGCUCUCUACAAAAAUCUGUGAUUAGCAAUACUUCAUGCUCUGAUAUGGUUUCCCAAACUGAUGGCAUGUGUGAUAAAAGAUUAACAGAUUUCCAACCUUUUCAAAACAUUUGUUCAUCUUCAAAGAAUAAUGGUACAUGGAAUGUUUCACCAGCUUCAGUAAAUACCUUCUGGAGUUCUAAGCAGGGCAGAAAUCCAGACCAACAAUCUGAUCCAUCUUAUGAUACUGGCUAUAGUAGUCAUAGCACUGGGAGCAGUUAUCUAGGUCAGGGUAGCCAGCUAGAAAGUUCAUUCAUGGAUCAGGGGUCACAACUUGAUCUUGAAGCAGAAGAUAAUGGUUCACUAACAGGAAAUAAGCCUGCAAAGGAUAACUAUUUGUGUGGGGAAAAUGAGUUAGAAGACUUGCUUUAUCACUUCCAAAAUUUCUUUCAAAAUCGUUUUGAAAGUGAGUUCCAACGUUACCGGGAAGCUGUGUAUGGAAUUAUACAGGAACAACAGAGCCAUGUACGACAAAUUGUCCAUACAGCCAUCAGAGAGCAAAGCUCAUCACAGAGAAGUUUUACAGAAGAGUUUUUGUCAGAAGAAACAGAAAAAGAACCCACUCCAAUGAGACCUAUGAAUCAAACAGGAACUGGCAUGCCUUUCAACUCAUUGUUAGACAAAGACUUCUUUAUACCAAUCAGUACUUGUCUGCAACCAUCAAACAGCACGUCAGUUGUGAAGGAUGGAACAACAAGAAAUAAACUUCUAGAUCUAUACUCAUUGUCCUGUUCUGUCAGCACUUUGUUAGCCAAAAAACAAUUUAAAUCUUAGCAUAUGUUGUAUGAACUUGUAGUUACAAUGUCUGCAAAGCAGAUAUCCGAAAAUAUUUGUUAUUUUAUGAUAAUUUAUAAAGGUAGGUGUGAUGUUAGAGAGUGUACUGAGGGUAUCAUUGUUCUAUGCACAAAGAACUUUCUGAAUGUACUUGUAUAUUUAUGAAUGGUUGAAUGUUGACAUACAGUUUUAACAUUGGCUUUAUUUCUAUAUUAAAAAUAUUGACACUAAAAUUGUUUUUAUGCUUUAUUUCUAUAUUAAAAAUAUUGACACUAAAAAUGUUU